UUCAAACAACACAAGAGGCGGAAGACGGCGGUACCGACCGCCUGAGGGGCUGGAGGCUGGCUCGCCACGUUCUCCCUUCAAGGCGGGGGAGGACGAGGCUUGCAGCCAGUCCCCGCCGCUCCAGCCCCAAGAACAGCAGGGCAAUCAGCUUGUACUUUCUUCAAAUACUGCUUCCUGUAUCUUCCAAGAGGAAAAUAAACAUGGCACAGAUGUGGAUGACGAUAGCACAUCCCUCACCAUCCAUUUCUCUCCAUCACAAGACCUGUUCUUUUGUCAUUGAUGGAGAUUGACUGCGCUCGUUGAGGAUGAAGAGCAGCCCACACAGGCCUUUGAUUCUCAAAAGACGGAAAUUGUCUCUCUCACCCCCUGAUUCAUCUAGCACACAAGUAAAAGGUGAACCAAGUAAAGAAUCCCCCCAGAAGGAACAAGCCAGAAGCAAUGAGAGUGAUACAAACAGACUCGAACCUGUGCCUCAGAGUGUCCUUACAGGAAUUAAGAUCAUUGAUCAUCCUACCUUGUCAAAUACACAGGUAGUGUCUGUUCCUGCCAGUGCAAAUAUCCAAAGUAUCCUUGAGGCUCUGAUGACCAGGGGAAAAGAAUCUGGUGAUAAUGGGCCUAACAAGUUUAUUCUCAUUGGUGGUGAGAGUCGCAAUGCCCAGACAGACUCAGGAACAUUUCAACCUGAAGAUCCGCCUAUCAUUGCUGCAAGAGGGGCACAGAAAGAACACAAGUGCAGUGGGCAAAGCUCUGGAACAACGGAAGAGUCACUAUCUCUGGAUGAACAAGAACAGGAUGGAAAUGGCAGCAGGGAGACAACAAGCUGCAGCCUAAACAACAGCCUAACUAACAUCCAGUGGCUGGGCAAGAUGAGCUCCAGUGAACUGAGUCCUUGCAGCAUGAAAAAAGGGAUGGAGAAGGAGAACCAGACCCCAGCACACAAAACAGUCAAGGUUGAGAAAAGUUCUGCGACUCCUUCCUCCACCUCCUCAGGGCAGGAGUCCUUCACUGAACGGCCCCCCUACUCCUAUAUGGCCAUGAUCCAGUUUGCCAUCAACAGCACUGAGAAGAAACGCAUGAUGCUGAAGGACAUCUAUACCUGGAUUGAGGACCAUUUUCCUUAUUUCAAGCAUGUAGCCAAACCAGGCUGGAAGAACUCCAUCCGACACAACCUUUCCCUUCAUGACAUGUUUGUUCGGGAGACAUCUGCCAAUGGCAAAAUCUCUUUCUGGACUAUUCACCCUGAAGCUAACCGCUAUUUAACACUAGACCAGGUAUUCAAGCCGUUGGAUGCAGGGUCACCAGCAUCACCCGAGCUCUUGGAAUCACAGCAAAAACGGCACACUGUGGAUCUGCAGAAGAAUCUAGGAAGCUCUAGUAGCUGCAAAAUUGAACCACAGACUGCACGCCGGAAAAUGAAGCCCUUGUUGCCACGUGUCAAUUCCUACUUGGUUCCAAUCCAGUUUCCAGUGAGCCAGUCCCUCAUAUUUUCACCUUCUUCAAAGGUGCCCACGGCUCAUAGUGCCUCCGAGACAGUGAAGAAUAAUAAGCAGGUGCGCAUUGUUCCAAAGGUGUCACCAUCCAUGGAAGAGCUGACCCCAUUCUCAUCUGCAAACUUAAUAAAAGAGGAGAUUUUCCCAUGUGAGGUCUUGCCUCCAUUUGCCUCCGAUCAUCCCACGAAAGAGGGUUCCCUUAAGCCCAUGGCUAUUAAAGAAGAGAAUGAUACAUUUUGUUCCCAGGAAUGGGUCUUCCUACCAGCCCUAUCCAUAAAAGACGAAUCAACACAACCUGCUGAAAAGCCAAAUGUAUGCCUUCCAGUAUCACCUGAAGAAGAGGAGAGACAGUUCACAGCUCUGAAGUUGCCACCCCAGAACAUGUUGGACACGAUGCCAGUAAAAAGGCGGGAGAGGCAUAAAACGAGCAAAUCCAGGAGAAAGCAGCAUUUAUCCCCGCCUUGCUCAGAGGAGCCAGGGAUUCUUUUGCCAUCCAGUGACGGUUCAGAUUCAUUCACACAUGACCUUCCACUUGGGCAGGGAAACGUGUCUCGGCUUGGUUGCUUUCAAGGGGACGAUGGACCUUGUAAAACUCCAAUAAAAGAGAUGCUCAACAAACUACCAGCUUCCUCCACUCCUAGUAAAACUUCUGUAGGCACUCCACCAUUCCUAGCACUUACUGACCCCUGGAGACCAGCACCCUUUGCCAAAGAAACUGGUGAUCUGGAUUCAUGUCCUGUGAGAACCCUUCCAGCACCUUUGCUGUCCCUCCAGGAGAACGCAGACCUUUUGGGGUUGAGCAGCACACCCUCAAGACAAUUCCUCUGUGAUUCUCCACAACUGCCCCUUCUCAAUGCAGAAGCCAGCGCUAUGGUCUCUGGGCCCUUGACAAGCUCUCCUGCACCCAGCAAAACGUCAUCCCCAGAGCUUCAAACCUCUGUUGUUUCAGAAAACCAUUCACUCUUGGAAGGCCUAGUCCUGGACACUAUGAACGACAGUCUGAGCAAAAUCCUACUUGAUGUCAGUUUUCCUGGCCUGGAGGAUGACAGCCUUGGUACUGAACUCAACUGGUCACAUCUAAUUUCUGAGCUGAAGUGACCAAUGCUGGCUCAAAACUUAAAAACUAUGCACAGUCAGUCUUUUGUUAACGGAACCCUAUAUUGUGUAUAUAUUUUUAUAAAGCUACUGAUAAAUUGGGCCAGAUGUUGCCUGACAUUCCAGUGAAUAUUGCUAGUGCGUAUACUGAAGCCAACACACUGAUAUGAACAAUCAAGGAAACAAAAAUCAGUUCUUUAUGAAACACUGUAAGGAAAGGUCUGGUUUCUGUAUAAGGGCCUGGCACUAUCUGAAUAGCAUCUUGUAGAUUUCCGUCAUUAUGUGUAUAUGCUAAAUGAAAUUUUAUAAUGAUAAAAAGUAUGUACACAUGCAAGGGACUAAGCUUUUGUAUUUUCAAGAAUAGCAUAGGAUAUUUUAACAGGUUCAUCCUGAAACUAAAAGAGGAAGAAGAGUUCCUUCUAUUACACAAAUAAUCAGUACAGGAACUCUGACACCUUUGGUAGCUUCUAACAAUUUAAAAUAAAUCAUUAUAUUCUGUA